AUGGAUCCCUACCCUUCUUCCUCUUCUUCCAUAGCUCAAAAAACCUGGGAACUCGAAAACAACAUAAUACCUAUAGACACUCCAACCCCAACAACGAUAGAGACUUCUUCUUCUUCUUCUUCUUCUCCGUCGGACGCGAUUUUUUACUACGAUGAAACAGCACAAACGAAAUUCCAACAAGAAAAACCGUGGUCUAACGAUCCGAAUUAUUUUAGACGAGUGAAGAUCUCUGCACUUGCGCUGUUGAAGAUGGUUGUUCAUGCUCGAUCAGGUGGGACUAUUGAAGUUAUGGGAUUAAUGCAAGGGAAAACUGAUGGGGAUUCUAUUAUUGUUAUGGAUGCUUUUGCUCUUCCUGUUGAAGGGACAGAGACGAGAGUUAAUGCUCAAGCUGAUGCUUAUGAGUAUAUGGUUGAUUAUUCUCAGACUAAUAAACAGGCUGGACGUUUGGAGAAUGUUGUUGGGUGGUAUCAUUCACAUCCUGGCUAUGGAUGCUGGCUUUCUGGUAUUGAUGUUUCAACCCAAAUGCUUAACCAGCAAUUUCAGGAACCGUUUUUGGCAGUUGUUAUUGAUCCAACAAGGACUGUCUCAGCUGGGAAAGUUGAGAUUGGGGCAUUCAGGACAUAUCCAGAAGGAUACAAACCUCCAGACGAUCCUGUUUCUGAAUAUCAAACUAUUCCUCUUAAUAAGAUUGAAGACUUUGGAGUCCAUUGCAAACAGUAUUAUUCUUUGGAUAUCACUUAUUUCAAGUCUUCUCUUGAUUGCCACCUCUUGGAUCUUUUAUGGAACAAAUACUGGGUGAAUACGCUUUCAUCUUCACCUCUCUUGGGUAAUGGAGACUAUGUUGCAGGACAAAUUUCUGAUUUAGCUGAGAAGUUGGAGCAAGCAGAGAAUCAAUUGGCACAUUCUCGGUUGGGACCAUUAAUGGCUCCUCCUCAAAGAAAGAAAGAAGAAGAAUCUCAACUUGCUAAAAUUACUCGUGAUAGUGCUAAGAUAACUGUGGAGCAGGUUCAUGGUCUAAUGUCACAGGUUAUCAAGGACAUCCUUUUCAACUCUGUUCGUCAAUCAAACAGAACUCGUACAGAGCCAUCUGACCCUGAGCCAAUGGUUGAAACCUGA